AUGAGCAAUCCGGCCCUGCCUGCUAGCCUUCAAGGACGCGUGGUACCAAGGUUUAUACACCGUACUUGGGCUAAGACUUUCUACUGUAAGCCCGAAUACUAUUUCCAGCCCCAGAGCAUUGACGAAAUCAAAGAGAUAGUCAAUUGUGCACGAAAGAAUAGGCGCACCGUGAUGACUGUUGGAUCAGGACACUCUCCUUCGAACUUAACCAUGUGCAGAGACUGGAUCGUCAACUUGGACAAAUUCAAUAAAGUGGUUGAGGAAAAAGUUGGACCAAAUGGGAUGUACACCGAUUUCACUGUGGAAGCCGGAAUUCGCAUUUAUCAGCUGAACCAAAUAUUAGCCACCAAAGGUCUUGCAAUCCAGAAUCUAGGAUCCAUCAGUGAGCAAUCAAUUGCCGGUAUUAUUUCCACAGGUACACACGGAUCGUCUCCUUUCCACGGUCUAGUCUCGCAGCAAGUUGUGGAUAUCACUAUCGUCAAUGGACUUGGCGAACUUGUCAAGUGUUCUGCAACUGAAAAACCGGAAUUAUUCCGUGCUGCUUGUCUGUCUCUUGGAAAGAUUGGUUUGAUUGCCUAUGUGACCAUUCGUACUGUUCCUCGCUACCAAAUCAAGUCUAGACAGGAGGUGAUAACUUUUGACACUCUGUUGGAAAGAUUCGAUUCCAUCUGGACAAGCGACGAGUUUGUCAGAGUUUGGUGGUUCCCAUACACCCAGAGAUGUAUUCUAUGGAGAGCAUCCAAAUCUACAGAGCCGAUAUCGAAGCCGCGUCCAUCCUGGUACGGAACCAAGUUUGGAAGACUCUUUUACGAGUCUUUGCUUUGGAUUUCCGUUCAUAUCAUGCCUCGCCUGACUCCAUAUGUUGAGAGAUUUGUGUUCUCCAGACAGUACGGUCUUACUGAAACCUAUGGAAAAGGUGAUAUCGCUGUUCAGGAAUCCGUCGAAGGGUUGAACAUGGACUGCUUAUUUUCGCAGUACGUCAACGAGUGGGCUGCUCCUCUUACCAAUGGCCCAGAGAUUCUCCGCUCUCUAGCUGCCACCAUCAACGAGGCAGCAAAGACUAACAAUUUCUAUGUCCAUGCGCCUAUUGAGGUGAGGUGUUCCAACACUACAUGCUCGAAUUCCACCGCUGAGCAAGACCUUUCUACCAGAACGACGACAUCGCCGGGUCCUAUCUACGGAAACAAUUUGCGCCCAUUGCUGGACAACACCCCUAGAUUGAACUGGGUUCCACAAGAGAAUGUUACAAAUAGUCAGCUGACUCUUUACAUCAACGCUACCAUGUACAGACCAUUCUACACUUCUGUUCCUAUUGGUAAGUGGUACGCCACUUUCGAAGAGACCAUGGAAGCUGCUGGUGGAAAGCCACACUGGGCCAAAAACUUCAUUGGCACUGAUGCUAGCAAAUUCAACAAAGAUGGAGAGAUGAUUGGAUUUAGAGACAAGAUGGAAGAGUGGUUUGGAGAAGACCUCGAAACUUUUAGGAAAGUCAGACGUGAAGUGGAUCCAGAAGGAGUGUUUUUGAGCGGUUUGGAUUGGCUCAAAAUGAACGGCAUUGUGGAAGAGGACGAGAUCGAAAAGAUUGAAGAGCUGAAAACCUCGAAAUCUGAUAUCGAGUAA